CACAAGAAAGAAGAAAUACAAAGGAAAACAAAAUCGUCCGAAGCUUCAUUCACUUGGAUUCUCUCUGAGUGACGAACAAAGCCCUAACGUAGCAAGUCAAAGGGCUCUGUACUUCUUCUACGAAACAUGGGUUCAGAUGUUGAUAUGGAGGAUUAUGGAUUUGAGUAUUCUGACGAGGAGCAGGAGGAGCAGGAUGUUGAUAUUGAGAAUCAGUAUUACAAUUCAAAAGGUCUAGUUGAGACGGAUCCAGAGGGUGCGCUUAAGGGAUUCACCGAGGUGGUACGAAUGGAACCUGAGAAGGCAGAAUGGGGUUUUAAAUCUCUUAAGCAGACUGUCAAGAUUUAUUAUCGUUUAGGGAGGUAUAAGGAGAUGAUGGACACUUACAGGGAAAUGCUUACUUAUGUUAUAUCAGCAGUAACACGAAAUUACAGCGAGAAGUGUAUAAACAACAUAAUGGAUUUUGUCUCUGGCUCAGCUAGUCAGAACGUUGGGUUGUUGAGGGAGUUUUACGAAACCACGCUGAAAGCCCUUGAAGAGGCUAAAAAUGAAAGGUUGUGGUUUAAGACAAAUCAUAAGCUUUGCAAGAUCUGGUUUGACAUGGGUGAGUAUGGUAAAAUGAACAAGAUUAUGAAGGAGCUUCACAGAUCUUGUCAAAAAGCUGAUGGUACUGAUGAUCAAAAGAAAGGGACUCAGCUCUUGGAGGUUUAUGCUAUUGAAAUUCAAAUGUACACUGAGACAAAGAAUAACAAAAAGCUGAAGGAAUUGUAUGGGAAGGCUCUUACAAUCAAAUCAGCUAUCCCCCAUCCUAGAAUAAUGGGAAUAAUCCGUGAGUGUGGUGGGAAAAUGCAUAUGGCACAAAGACAGUGGGCAGCGGCAGCUACUGACUUCUUUGAAGCUUUUAAGAACUACGAUGAAGCUGGUAAUCACCGGCGCAUCCGGUGCCUGAAAUACUUAGUAUUGGCCAAUAUGCUUAUGGAAUCACAAGUUAAUCCGUUUGAUGGGCAAGAGGCAAAACCGUACAAAAAUGACCCAGAAAUCUUGGCCAUGACAAAUUUGAUUGCUGCAUAUCAACGAAAUGAGAUAUUGGAAUUUGAGAAAAUCCUUAAGAGCAAUAGAAAAACCAUCAUGGAUGAUCCAUUCAUUAGAAAUUAUAUCGAGGACCUGUUGAAGAAUAUAAGGACUCAAGUGUUGCUGAAACUCAUUAAACCAUAUACACGGAUCAGGAUUCCUUUCAUAUCGAAGGAGAUCAACGUACCAGAAGGUGACGUGGAAACGUUAUUGGUGUCAUUGAUAUUGGAUAACCGGAUACAAGGUCAUAUUGACCAAGUAAACAAAUUGUUGGAGCGUAGCGACAGGUCAAAGGGGAUGAAGAAGUAUACAGCUAUUGAUAAAUGGAACACACAAUUUCAGUCUCUUUAUCAAACCAUUAGCAAUAAAGUAGGGUAAAAUCAGUGUUCAACUGAUUUUUUUAUUUUUUAAAAUUUUUAUUAAGAUUAGCAGCAAGCUACAAAGUGAACAGAAGGACAAGAAGAAAGAGUGUACUAAUUUUCUUCUGUCUAUUUAUGUUUUCAACUUUACAAAUUUAGCUCUUUGUACUUUCUAUUCUCAAUUUUUUCAUUGAACUCUUUGAGAAAUUUUAAGAAUUUGAGUACUUUCUUUGAUGCAAUCUUUUACAA